AUGUCAAUAACCGGAGUGUUUUCCAAAACCGGCAGCUGCGAUUCAACUUCAGGGCAUUCUUCUUACUCUAUCCCGGAAUCCUGGCACGGCGGCUUCAUUGGAAAACUCUGCAUGACAACUAAAACGGCUGAGUGUGGAUGGCAAGUGACCAUGACCUUUAGUCCAGCGAUCACCAGAAUAAAGAGCUUGUGGGAUGGAAAGGUUCAUCAGCCGGCGUCUGGCAGCACCGUCGUCGUGGAUGAUGCUGCAUACAACAGAGAAAUCAAAGCGGGCGGCAAGGUCUGUUUCGGCUUCGACACGGCCAUUAAUGGCGUCCAUGUUUCCAAGUCAACCAUGUCAAUAACCGGAGUGUUUUCCAAAACCGGCAGCUGCAAUCCAACAACAGGCCGCUACAACUACAAGGACGUGUUACACAAGUCGAUUCUCUUCUACGAGGCGCAGCGAUCAGGUGUCCUUCCGCGAAACAAUCGAAUCCGUUGGCGAGGUGAUUCGGCCGUUAAUGAUUCGUCUCCAAAUGGCAGAGAUCUGUCCGGGGGAUGGUAUGAUGCUGCCAAAGUGAGAACAUCUCCAGAAGAUAAAUAUUUUGGGAUGAACAACCAACUCCUCUUGCAUACUGCCAUCUUACAAGGUCACCAAGCACUGCAGGUGAACCAGAUGGCCAUUGCUGUCCUUAGAAGAAGGAUGAUAAGGCACAGAAGAAGAAGACCACGAACCUGGUGGGUCCGCCCCUGGCUGACACAACAGAGAAGGUUACAGUUCGGGGACUACAACCAACUUAUGCAAGAACUGCGGCUAGAAGAUGAAGGGACUACCGACUACAAGGAUGAGCUCUGCUGGGGGGCGGCCUGGUUGUACAAGGCGACUGGUGAUGUGACAUACAUCCAACAAGCUCACGAAUUCGCCUUCGCGGACUCUCGAGAAUGUUCGUGGGACGACAAGAUUAGAGGAUGCCAGUUAAUGGCGACGUCACACGACACGAGUAGCUCAUACCAGAAGAGCAUCGCAAGCGAUGAAAUCAUAAUGAUUGUCUUAUCACAUUCGGUUACUCUUAUUGCGAAGGAACGAAAUGAUGUCACUAACGAAAAUACAUUCAAGUCGUACAUCGUUAAUUUCCUGGCGGACUGGAUGCCAAGAGGAUCUAUAAAGCAGACCCAGUGCGGCCUCGGCUGGCUACAAAAGUGGGGUUCAUUGCGCUAUGCAGCGAACACGGCUUUGAUUGCUCUGAUCGCCGCCGAGGACGGCAUCUAAACGACGUCAUUCAGGACGUGGGCGACGAAACAAAUCAACUUCAUGCUUGGUGAUAAUUUGAACCACGGGAGCUACGUCGUUGGCUUCGGCAACAACCCGCCUGUACGGCCUCAUCACAGUAGUAGUUCUUGUCCAGACAAGCCUGCCCCAUGCGGCUGGAACGAGUACAACAGCCCCGACCCUAACCCGCAGACCCUGUACGGGGCGCUGGUGGGUGGACCCGCCCUGAACGAGUCGUACAAAGACGUGCGCAGCGACUACAUCCAAAACGAGGUAACGAACGACUACAACGCUGGCUUCCAGUCCGCAUUAGCUGGUUUGAGACAUCUUGAAGCUUCGUCAUAGCUUCCGGUAGUAACCCCGCCACCUGGAUGUUAAAACCUACAAAAGAAAAUAAUCCUGUCAAAU